AAACACAUAAGAAACACAAACAGACGCGUAAACCAGAAAUCUGGCAGACUCGACCUAGGAGCAGAAACCUAAUUAAUUAGCUAAUCUUGGGGCUCCACUUGAGAGUUGAGAACUAUUCCCUAAAAAACGACGUCGCCUCCUUCCUGGUUAGAGAGUCAUAAGACUUGGUUCAUUUGCUCGUCUCUCUCCUUCUCACCUCUGAAAGCCAUGGCUACUCUAGCAGCUGCCGCAGCUCGCCAAGCCGCAAGCUCACUCCGCUUGUCAACGGCCAGGUCCGCCGGUCAAUCCUCCAGUAUAAUCCAGCGACGUGGCCUCGCCGGCGCCGCAGAUCACCAUGGGCCGCCCAAGGUUAACUGCUGGUCCGACCCGAUGAGCCCAUCUAAAUGGAAGGACGAGCAUUUCGUAAUUGUCUCUUUGACUGGUUGGGGUGUGCUUAUUUUUAGUGGAUACAAGUUUUUCACCGGCGGCAAAGGCAAGAAGGACGAGGUAUUUCAUCUUCUUUUAACCCUUGUGCAUUGUGUUGUUAUUCUUGCAUACGGUUUGGCCUAGGCAUCAGAUAUGCAAAGCUAUAUUUCAUUUCUGGGUUGUUUAGACUUGUAUUGUAGAUGAAAGAUUGUGUGCAGAGGCAAAGGCUCACAUGAUAUGCCUCCCUUUAAAUGAUUGUUUUUGUAAAUAUUGAAUUACCUGUGCAUGCUAAAAGAGUUGUAGGAUCCCAGAAGCAUAAUUUAUAGCGCUCACAAUGAAUUUUCAGUUUAAUACCAGUAGAACAUUUGCUGGAACUCAUUGUCCAUCCAUCAUACUGCACUGCUCGAUGGUUAGCCUUUUUUUAAUUUGGUAGGAUGGCUUGGUAUGCAAUUAUUAGCGUUUGGAUGAACUUAGAUUUGGAAUUAUUACCAUAUCUUAUGGGACCAUUGUUAGCAUAUGGCCAUUUUAUUAUCAAAAAAUGCUGAUUUGUUACGAAGUUCCCACUUAGAGCAACCAAUGGAUCAGUUUAGAUGGAUUAAGGUUUGGUCUGGUCAAUAUAGUGUCUUUUCUUCAAUAGGUUUUUCUCAGUAUUUCUUGGCCCACCAUAAUAAGCUCUAGCGUCUGAGGAAAUAAACUAAAUGGGACUGGAUCAGCUAAGCAUUAUUGGGUGUCCUGCCUGAAUGCGCAUGCUUUCUAGGAUUAGGCCUGGGACAAGUAACUGAUGUAACUUUUGUCUUUGUAUUGUAUAUUAAGCUUUUGCUG